CCCUGGACAAAAAAUUAUUAUUUUCCCAAAAACAAAACUACAAUAAAAAAUGCCUAAAUAUGUCAUAUACAAUACAAGAAAAAAUUGGUAUUAUUGAUUUGCUGCAAACGGAAAGAAACAAUAUUUCUAUACUAUAUCAAUUGGCCAAAAGUGUAACUAAAAAUGUGGUAAACGUAAACUCAGAGCUGGAGGCCUUGGACACAAUAUUCCUGCACAUACCUGACUGCACCACCUUGCUAAGUAAACGUUUGAUAACAAAGGAAAUUCUCUUUAGAUAUUUACAUAAAAAGAAAGUACCUUUAACGACUGAUUUUACCAAAUCACAACUAGUGAAAAAAGUUGUGGACUAUUGGUAUCAAAACUAUGCCUCUAUGAACACACCAAAUGGAACUACGACUGUAGUGAAAAGUGAAACAGAUAAACAGCAAAAUCAUAGUCAAUUAAAUCAUAAUUCAACACAAUCUACUAGUACUACUACUAACGCGACAAUUCUACAAGAACCCUCUGAAUUUCCCAUACAUUUGUUGGCGCGCAAAUUUUCCGAAUGGUUUUUUGAUAAUUAUAACAAAAACUUAUUAAAAGUAAAUGACUUCUGGACGGAUGCUUCUUUAUUAAUGCAAAUUGCUGCCAAUGAUGGCAUAGAUGAACAUUUGUGUCAAGAUUCAGAAAGUAUUUUACAAAAUCUUUUGGAAACUCGUCAACGUUUUGGUUUUUACUUUAAUCCCAAUCUAACUCAUGCUGGAGUUCAAGGGCGUAUGGAUGUUCAUGGAUUAGUUCUGGUCUUAAGCUGUGGCACUCUACAUACCUCACAAGAUUGUGUGGGAGUUUUUGAAUGCGUUUUUGGCCUUUUAAGAGAUCCUUUUGCUGAGAAUAAUUGGAAAACGAAAAAUAUAAAAUUAAUAUUGCGUAGUAAGGGAGCAGCGAUAAUGCCAUCAUUGGAGGAGAGUGAUGAUAUGAAAGAAGCUUUAGAAUUGCCAGUGCCACAAGGAGAAUUAUCAUAAUAAUUAUAUACUUAAAUUUGUAAAUUUUUGUAUAAAUAAUUUAUUUAAGUUAAUAAAUAAAAGGCGAAAAUUGCUUGUAAAAGUAAUAUAUUACUGUAAUA